UUAAGUGAUGAAGGCAAUAAUUUCAGUCACACUGUGGAUGCAGACUUUGAACUUGAACAUAUUUCGAGUGCUGAAAUUACGAGGUUAAAUUCUCUCGUAGAUGAAGAGAUUCAGAAUAUGCCUGUAGUCAAGCAUUCUGAACCCACGCGCAUUUCAUUGAAUAGCAUCUAUGGAAGCAAGAAGGAACUUGAUUUUCACUUAAAGAUGUAUGCCAUUACCAACUUUUUUCAAUAUAGAACGAAGACAUCUUGCCCGAGUGUUUUGCAUGUUGUGUGUGUUGAUUACCCCAAUUGCAAGUGGGCUGUGCGUGAUGUGUGCAUCGACAAAGUGUCAUUGUUCAAAGUUAAAAGAUUUGACUCUGAGCACACAUGCCCCAUUGAUGUGCGUCAACGAAAUAACCGCCAGGCUACGGCUAGGAUUAUUGCUGAACUAAUCAAACACGAGUACGGUGAUCCCUCCAAUAAGCCAUACCCUCCAAAAUCAGUCAUGCUUGAUAUGCAUACCAAGUAUGGCAUUUACAUGUCAUACAAAAAAGCAUGGAUUGCCAAAGAAUUGGCAAUGGAAUUUGCUAUGGGAUCUGAACAACAAUCAUAUGCUCGGUUACCUUCCAUGUGUCAUGUGCUUGAGAGGAGUAACCCAGGUUCUAUUGUUUCUUAUUCCUGCAAGGGAAAUGGUGAAUUUAAAAAAAAUUUCAUGUGCCUUUCUGCAUGGAAAGAUGGUUGGAUUCAUUGCAUUCCUGUUAUAAUUGUGGAUGGGUCUUUUUUGAAGUCAUAUUACAAGGGUACAUUACUCACUGCAUGUACACAAGAUGCAAACAAACAAAUAUUUCCAUUGGCAUUUGGUAUUUGUAGCGGGGAAAACACUGAAAAUUGGUCAUGGUUCUUCAGCAUGCUGAAGCAUUCGUUGACGCAUAGGGAUGAUCUAUAUAUUGUGUCUGAUCGGCACGAGGGCAUUAUUAGUGCUGUGCGUUCUGUAUUUCCUCAUGCGGAGCAUGGGUAUUGUGUUUACCACAUUCUGGCUAAUUUGAAAACAAGAUUUCGUGGAUCCCAAAAACCGUGUCAUGGAAGUUUUUGCAAGCUGCUCGUGUAGGAUCUGUGUAUGAGUGUGAAGAGUACCUUCGCAUGCUUGAUAGUGAGGAUGAACGUAUUCGUACGUAUUUAGAGCGGAUCGGUCACGACAAAUGGUCUCGUGCAUAUGCCAGUCGGAAUCGAUACUCGGUUAUGAUGUCAAACAAUGCGGAGUCAUUAAAUGCAGUUAAUGCCACGGCCCGAGAAUACCCAAUCUGUAAGUUGAUAGAGUUUAUUAUUGCUAGGAUGCAAAAGUGGUUCUGUGAAAGGCGAGAAACUUCAACGUCGAACACUUGUCGUUUAUCUACACACUUUGAGUUUGAGCUACUAGUUUUACAAGCCAUGGCCGCCGUGAUGACAGUGAAACCAUCAUGUGCUUUUGAGUUUGAGGUGUUUGAUAAGAAAUCCCGCUCGUAUGUUGUCAACUUGAAGGAACGUACGUGCACUUGUCGGGAAUUUGAGCUUGAUGGAUUUUUGUGUGUACAUUCCAUUGCUGCCAUUCGCUCUCGACCAGGUCUUUCUUGCUACGAUUAUAUAUCAGAAUUCUAUACAGCACAUCAUUGGGCACAAACAUACUGUGUCAUUAUUCAUCCUAUUGGGAGUCCGGAUUGUUGGAUGGUACCCUCGCAUGUGAGUCAAAUCAUUUGCAAGCCCCCAUCAUGCGAAUCACGACCUCCUGGAAGGCCUAAGAAGAGAAGGAUUCCUUCUACCGGAGAACAUGCUCGGAAACAAACAUGCACUCGUUGUCACAUGGCUGGACACAACCGAAAGACCUGUAGAAAUCCGAUUCCGCUACACAUGCGUUAAAAACUGCUUUUAAUUUGCCGUUUUUUUUUAAUAUUUCUACGAAUGAAGUGACAUUCACCAGUUUGGUUUUGUUUUCUUUCUGAACAUUAUUGUUAUUUAUUUCUGAAUAUCAAUUCCAUAUGACUUGCUUCC